AAUCCCGCCUCCGCGUUCAGAUUGCGGCCUGGCAUUGGUGGGCAUGCCAGGGAGACCUCGGUGUCCAGAAAGGAGCCCGGGCUACCUUGGGCCGGGCAGGGCGGAUGGCGACUAUCAAAAGGAAAUAGGAUCAUGGCAGCAGAUGAUGACAAUGGUGAUGGAACAAGUUUAUUUGAUGUCUUUUCUGCUUCUCCUCUUAAAAAUAAUGAUGAAGGUUCUUUGGACAUAUAUGCUGGGUUGGACAGUGCUGUUUCUGACAAUGCCUCCAAAUCCUGUGUACCAUCCAGAAAUUGUUUGGAUUUAUAUGAAGAAAUUCUGACUGAAGAAGGAACUGCAAAGGAGGCAACAUAUAAUGAUUUGCAAGUAGAAUAUGGAAAAUGUCAGAUGCAAAUGAAAGAGUUGAUGAAAAAGUUUAAGGAAAUACAGACACAGAAUUUCAGCCUAAAAAAUGAAAACCAAUCUCUUAAGAAGAAUAUUUCAGCACUUAUCAAAACUGCCAGAGUGGAAAUAAACCGCAAGGAUGAAGAAAUAAAUAAUCUUCAUCAAAGAUUGUCCGAGUUUCCACAUUUUCGAAAUAAUCAUAAAACUUCAAGGACAUCAGAUAUAGUUAAAACAAAAGAUCUUAAAUCCAGAUCUCCUCAUUUGGAUGACUGUUCAAAGACUGAUCACAGAGUGAAAAGUGAUGUUUCUAAAGAUGUACAUCAUAGCACUUCACUGCCAAACCUCGAAAAAGAAGGGAAAUCACAUUCUGGAAAAAAGGGCACUUUGCAUCUGCCUACAUCUCUUGAAACACACUGCACCAAUGGCAUUUGGUCACGUUCCCAUUAUCAGGUUGGUGAGGGUAGCUCCAGUGAGGAUAGUAGAAGAGGGAGAAAAGAUAUUAGACAUAGCCAAUAUAGCAGAGGAACUGACAGGAUACGAAAAGACUUAAACACGAACUGUGGUGAUGGUGAACCAAGGCACACAGAGGCUAGUCAAAGGCUGCAAGGACGCCCUGAGAAAUAUGGUAGAGGUGAACCCAAGGCUGAAAGCACACAUUCAAAGUUUAAAAGUAACACAGAUUUGGACUAUAAAAAUGAACGCCUUAGUUCUUCUUGGGAGAAAGAGACCUCUAGAGAAAGGCCACACACUCGAACAGAAUCUCAAAGUGACAAAAAACCAGAAAGACAAAGUGAAAGAUCACAAAAUAUAAAUAGAAAAGAAUUUAAAUCACAAGACAAAGAAGAAAGAAAAGUUGAUCAAAAACCUAAAUCAAUAGUAAAAGACCAGGAUUAUUGGAGAAGAUCUGAACGAGCAUCGUUUCCUCAUUCCAAGAAUGAAAUAACAAAGUCUUCUCAUAAUUCAGGUAAAUACCAUGUAGAAGAGAGAAGAGGAAGGGAAGAUUGUAAAAGAGACAGGGGUGUAAGUAAUCAUAGUUUCCAAGAAGGAAGAUGUCCCUCUUCUUUUUCAACUAGUAGAACUCACAAACACAUUGACUCCAAGGAAGUUGAUGCUGUGCAUCAAUGGGAAAAUACACCUUUAAAAGCAGAAAGGCAUAGAACUGAAGAUAAGAGGAAAAGAGAACGAGAAAGCAAAGAUGAAAAUAGGCAUAUGAGAAAUGAAAAAAGAACGCCUACAGAACAUUUGCAGAAGACCAACAAAGAAACUAAGAAAACCACUACUGAUUUAAAGAGACAGCAUGAGCCAAAAAAUGAUAAAGGUGAAGUCUCUAAUAAUGAUAUUUCCAAAGAAGGAGAUAAUAAAGAGCUUACAGGUAAAGCUGAGAGUGGUCCAAAUGAAACGAAGAACAAGGACUUAAAGUUGAGUUUUAUGGAAAAAUUGAACUUAACUCUUUCUCCUGCUAAAAAGCAGCCUGUUUCUCAGGAUAAUCAGCAUAAAAUAACCAAUACUCCCAAAUCCAGUGGCACAUGUGACGUAGAGUCCUUGGUGCAGGCUAAAACAGUGACAUGUGUUCCCUCUGUCAGUGAACAUAUCACAGAGGAAACCAAAUCAAAGGUAUUGGAACCAAAUGAUGCUCUUGCAGCAGAAUCUGAAUCCAGGACUAAAAUUCCAGAAAGGAAAAUGGAAGAAGAAAACAGCUUGUUAGUUAAAUCUGUUGAGAAUACUGUGCCUUGUGAUGUGCCCCUUUGUGGUACAGAGACUUCCUUCUCAGCACCUGUGGAAAUGGAAAAAGCAGAAUCCUUGUUUCCAUCAUCAACAGAAAUGGAACAAACCAUUAAUGGUGCAGGGGCAGCAGUUCCUGUGGUCGUGGACAUAUUACAAACAAAUGUUUCUCAAAACUUUGGCUUGGAAUUGGAUAUCAAAAGAAACGAUGGUUUAAAUUCUGGUAGUAUUUCUGAAGGUAUAGAAAUGAAGGAGGCUUUUUCAACACAAGUGGCUGAAUCCAGUGGAAGCAUUUUGCAGCCUUCAAUCGAAGAAGAUGGUGUUUUGCCAAUAGUCCUUUCAGAAGAUGGUAACCCACAAUUUGAGCCUUCUCUUGUAGGUACACCACUGGUUGAGAGUAAGUCUUGUCAUUUGGAGCCUUGCUCACCUAAAGAGCCUCUAGAAUCUUCACUUCAGCAGACUGAGUUAAUGGACCACAGAGUGGAAAUUGGUGAAACAAACUCAAUAUAUCAUGAUGACGAGAACUCAGUUCUGAGCAUUGACCUUAAUCACCUGAGACCUAUUCCAGAGGCCAUCAGUCCUCUGAAUAGUCCAGUGAGACCUGUAGCAAAAGUCCUUAGAAUGGAAAGCCCAUCUCAAGUCCCAUUAUAUAGUAACAGUCAUAAAGAUGUGUUUCCACCAGAUUCAGCUCAUUCUACCUCCAAGAGUCAGUCUGAUCUCAAUAAGGAAAAUCAAAAGCCAAUUUGCAAAUCUGACAGAUUUACAGAGGCAGACUCCCUUAAGAAUUCAUCUUUAGAUGAAUUAGAAGAAGGAGAAAUUAUAAGUGACAGUGAAAAAUCUAAACCACAGAAAAGUUUUGAAAAAAGUGCCAAACCUAGAGCCUCUGCUGACGUGCAGCAUACAAAAACUAGCCCCGGAAGCAGGAAAACUGCUGUGCAUUUGGAUAAAGACAGUGGGAAGACGUCUGCUGUAAAGGUCCAUCAGACCAAAAGCAAAUGGAAUAAAAAAACUAGCCCCGGAAGCAGGAAAACUGCUGUGCAUUUGGAUAAAGACAGUGGGAAGACGUCUGCUGUAAAGGUCCAUCAGACCAAAAGCAAAUGGAAUAAAAGACAAAGUGAGUCUAGCAGACCUUCAAAAGCAGAGAGGAAAGAUAAGACAGUGAGCACUGCGAGCCUGGAAAAAAUAGUUCCAGUUAUUGCUCCACCCUUUUCUGUACGAGAAGUUAUGCACAUGUUACGAAUGAUAAGAAAACAUGUAAGGAAAAAUUAUAUGAAAUUCAAGGUAAAAUUUUCAUUAAUGCAAUUUCAUAGAAUUGUUGAGUCAGCAAUUUUGAGUUUCACAUCACUGAUUAAGCGACUUGACUUAUCUAAAAUCUCUAAGUCAGUGACUGUUUUGCAGAAGAAUCUCUGUGAUGUCAUAGAAUCCAAACUUAAGCAAGUUAAAAAGAAUGGCAUAGUGGAUCGCUUAUUUGAACAGCAACUACCAGAUAUGAAAAAAAAAUUGUGGAAAUUUGUCGAUGAGCAACUUGAUUAUUUGUUUGCAAAGCUUAAGAAAAUCUUAGUAAAGUUUUGUGAUUCUGUAAACUUCGGUAGCGACAGUGACGAAGGAAAACUUGAAAAGAGAAAUAAAGAGAAAUCACAAUAUUUAAAUUGUCGGAAGGGGAAUGUGGACAGCUCCAGCAAAGAAAUACUGAAAGCGAAAUCCCCCACAUCAGAAGGUUCUGUUUAUUAUAGGUCCUUGGUGGGAUGUAAAAAAUCUGAGGAAAAACAUCAAGACCAAAAUUGUUCCAAUAUUAACACAGUGAAGUAUGACAUUAAAAAAAGUUUUAACAGUUGCUUUGAUAAUAUUAAGAACUCUCAAUCAGAAGAGCACUCCUUAGAACUAAACUGCCUGAGCGCCCCAAAGCCGGGAAAAAUAGAAGGAAGCACCGUGGAGGAUGCACAGACGUCCCAGCAUGCAGCUUUGAAGCCAGAACGCAGUUUUGAGAUUCUUACUGAACAGCAAGCAUCUAGCCUUACUUUUAAUUUAGUCAGUGAUGCACAGAUGGGUGAAAUAUUUAAAAGUUUGUUGCAAGGUUCUGAUCUUUUGGACACCAGUGUUAACUGUAAUGAAAAAAGUGAGUGGGAGUUAAAGACGCCAGAGAAGCAGCUGCUAGACAGUCUUAAGUGUGAAUCUAUACCAGCAUGUACAACGGAAGAGCUAGUUUCAGGAGUGGUUUCUCCAUGUCCUAAAAUGAUUAGCGAUGAUAAUUGGUCAUUAUUAUCAUCUGAGAAAGCUCCAUCUCUGUCUUCAGGCCUCUCAUUGCCAGUUCAUCCUGAUGUGCUGGAUGAAAGUUGCAUGUUUGAAGUGUCCACUAACAUAGCUUUAAGUAAAGAUAAUGUAUGUAGUUCAGAAAAGAGCAAGCCCUGCAUUUCUUCCAUACUUCUUGAAGAUCUAGCAGUCUCUUUAACAGUACCAUCACCUCUGAAAUCAGAUGGUCAUCUCAGUUUCUUAAAGCCAGAAGUAUUGUCUACUUCAACUCCUGAGGAAGUUAUUAGUGCACAUUUCAGUGAAGAUGCCUUACUUGAGGAAGAGGAUGCAUCUGAACAAGAUAUUCAUUUAGCUCUGGAGUCUGAUAAUUCAAGCAGUAAAUCAAGUUGUUCUUCAUCAUGGACAAGCCGGUCUGUUGUUCCAGGCUUUCAGUACCACCCUAAUCUACCCAUGCAUGCUGUCAUAAUGGAAAAGUCCAAUGACCACUUCAUUGUGAAAAUACGACGUGCAGCACCAUCUACCUCCCCUAAUCUUAAACAGAAUAUGGUGGCUGAUGAAUCAUUGGCAUCUUUGCCUAGAGUGGAAAAGGAAGCUGAUGAAGCAGCAGAGAAAGAAUAUACUUCCUGUCAGAAUAGAGUUUUUAAACCUGUGGAGGAAUUGCAAAAUUCCAACAAACAUGUUGAUAGCAGUAAAUCAGCUCAAGAAGAAGAGGACUGUGUGAUACAAACACAGGUUCCUGAUAUAUACGAAUUCCUUAAAGAUGCUUCAGGUAAAGUGGGUCAUAGUAAUGAAGUGGCUGAUGAAUGUUUCAAGUUGCAUCAUGAAUGGGAACCAAAAGUGCCUGAAAGUGUUGAAGAAUUGCCUCCAGUGGAAGAAAUCCCACAUUCUGUUGAGGAUCAUCUUCCAAACACAUAUAUAGACCUCACAAAAGAUCCGGUCACUGAGACCAAAAACUUGGGGGAAUUUAUAGAAGUAACAGUUUUAAAUAUUGAUCAGUUGGGCUGUUCUGGAGGCAAUUUGGAUCAAAAUGCUCCAAUAUUAGACAAUAUGCAGCCUGAUACUGUGGGUGCCUUUAUUGAUUUGACACAAGAUGUUUCAAGUGAGAGUAAAAAUGAAGGUAACUGUCCUGCUUUAGCAGUUGAAGGCUUGAGGUGUCAGGUGAUAUGUGUGGAUGAAGAUAACUGUAAGGAAGAAAAGGUGCAAGUGGCAAACAGACCUUUGGAAUGUGGUGUUGAGGAAGCCUAUAUUGAUUUGACCUCGGAAUCUCCCAGUUCAUGUGAAGUAAAACAGGAUGAUGUAAAGUCAGAGCCAGCACCAAAUUCCCAUAGUUCAGAGGUGCCUGGGGCUUUGGAUAAUGCUCAGAAAAAGAGAAAAAACCUUUCUGAUCUAAAUCAUUCUUCUCAGAAAAAACAGAGAAAGGAAACAGACUUAACUAGUAGGGAAAAGACUAAAAAAAUUACCCAAGAUUCUGGUGAGAAUGGUGAAGCUCACCGAAAGAAAGCCAAUAAAAAAAAGGCCCCUGCAGUGACUCAAGAUUCCUCAUUAAAGGCAAGCCCAGGGAUUAAGGAGCCAUCAGCAGCAUCUGCCACUUCUACAGGCCUUUCUGCAAAGAAUGUUAUUAAAAAGAAGGGAGAAAUUAUAGUUUCAUGGACAAGAAAUGAUGACCGGGAAAUUUUACUGGAGUGUCAGAAAAGAGGGCCAUCAUUGAAAACAUUUUCUUAUUUAGCUGCCAAGUUGAAUAAAAAUCCAUAUCAGGUCUCAGAAAGAUUCCAGCAGCUAAUGAAGCUCUUUGAAAAGUCAAAAUGCAGGUAGUUAAUGGUUACACUACAGGAGACUAGUAAAGUAAAUGGUUGACACUGUAACCGUGCAGUUAAUGGCCUGUUAGUCAUUGAAGAUGUCUGUAGUGGGUGAGAGACAUCCACUUGAGUUCCUGCUUCAGUCACAGGUUGGAGGAUGUUGCUCGUGCAGGCUUCUCAGGCCACCUCAUCCACAGGAGCACGCUCAGAGGGAAGCCUGCUGCCGUUCAGAUCAGCAGGGCAUCUCUCCUCAUCUCUCAGAUUGCUGCUGUGUCCAAGGUCGGGGGAAAUGCAUUUGAUGGUUGAUGGGAAAUUUUUUGUAGAUGAAGAAGAAUAAAACAUUCUUGAAUAGCAGUAUGUUUCAUAGGCAGUGAAGUCUGUGCAGUGAUUGUAAUUUAAUAUUAUUCACAUUUUUAAUUAGGAGUGCUAAAAUACUUUAAAAUACAAAAUGUGCAUUCAUAAACGUGAAAUCCAUUGUCAUCUGAAUAGAUGACGUGAUUUGCCAUGUUAAAUUAUUAAUAAUGUUCACAGACAUGUUUCCUCAGUUUCUUUAAGCCAUUCUUAUACAGGUUUAUUAAGGCAAUAGUAUUUAUCAGCAGGUUUUUUCCUGUAAGAUUUGAACCAAUUGCUUAAACAUUUUGGACUUUUACGGAAGGAAAAUUGUAAUGCUGUUUCACGUCAUUAUUUUUCAUUUGAUUUGUGGUCAUAAUUAUUUGAAUGCUAAACAGCCAAUUUUAAAUUAAGUUCAAAUUACAUCUGAAUACCAAUCAUGUUUGGACAUAGAUCUCAGUAUGAAGAGUUCUGAAUAUUUGAGUUAUAAAUCUGUUUCUAGACCCAAUGUAAAUUACUGUCUGUAGAUAAUCUGUUAAUUUCAGUUUGCUAAUGAGAUUUUCAGAAGAUAUUUAGUAUUUUACUGUGAAGUUAAAAUUCUAUUUAUGUAAUUCACAAUGUGAGAUUGAAUAAUGGGGAGUUUGAAGAAAAAGCUUAUUCUGAAGAACUUCUAAAAAAAUAGUUUAAGACAAAAAUGGCCUGAUUAUUUUUUAGAUUCAUUGUGUUUUGAAAUUUUCACUGCCUUGAGGAAAUUAAACUGAAAUUUUUGUUUUAACUGGAUGUUAUCUUGAAAUAUGACUUCCAUUGUCUUGUGAAGAUAAUGUACAUUCAUGAAGGAAUUAACUUGUAUUUGGAAGUGAUGCUUAUUAGUUUGAAAUUUCCAAAUUUCAUUACACAUCUGAAAUUUUUUAAUGGAUUUGAUAUUUGAGAUUGUAUUUGCUUGCAUGAUAGCACAAAUAAUGGGUUAUUUCAUUCCUAGCUUGCUUCCUGAGUUUUUUCCUCCAAGAACUAUAGUCUCAUUAAAUUCUUGUCAAAGUCAGAGUAUAACAAUAAAGUUACCAAACAGAUUCUGUAAAAAGCUAGUUCUUUAACACCAAAUAACUGCUUACUAUCUAAGUAGAACUCGCUUUAAAAGAACAACACUUUAUGAAAUGGUUGUAUCAGAAAAAUAGAAUCAUAACUUUAGCAUUUUCUUACAUUGCAGAUAAGUUGCUGAAUUCCUUGGGAUCUUAAUUGAUAUUGCAUACUACACAGAAGCUCGGAAUUCCUCAUGUUUUAAAUGGGGAAGUAGAGGGCAGUUUUAUGACAUAUUUGAUUACUAGAUAGUAAUUACAUUUGUUGUUACUUGUUGAUUCUUUAAUUUCAAGUCAGCAUGUUCAGUGUUCCAGUCAUCAGUCUGAUUUGCUUACCUGUUAUUGGUCAAGAAUUUUAUUUUCAGACAGGUUAAAACUUGUUCUUAAGAUAAAAGCAACAAGUAUAUAAUAUUGAAACCUUAGUUUUGAUAUUUCAAAGACAUGACUUUCUUUUCUAGAUUUUUAAAGAUAGUUUUGUAGCAUUUUUAGUUUGUUUUCAUUUUUAUUUGCUUUUCUAAUUGCCUCUCCUGAUUUGGUAAAUUGUAAAAUAAUUUAAAUAGUGUAUCUGUAAAUAUGUAUAAUUGUAAUGAUGUAAAAUACUUUGUGUAUGUGUGUUUGUGUGUAUACACACACAUAAAUGGCUUUGCGUAGCCAAGGAUUUUUUUAUCUGUAUAAAACUUUUUUAUAAAAUUUGCUUUCAAUACCAGUAAUGUAUAAAUAAAACCAUGUAAAGUUCUGUUAUA